AUGGGUGUAAGCUAUUUAGCGAUUUCAGCAGGGUCUACUGCUUUGAGCUUUGUAGGUCUCCAGUAUCAGGCAGAGCUUUCGUUGGAUAAACUACGAUCCAAUGGGUUGAUUGAGGAGGGUUCUGUUAACCUAGUAAAUGCCAACGAUGCCAUGGGGUUGCUAUUUGGUUCUUACGCCACCACCGCAUUGCUGGCAAACUUUCUGUUCAACGUGUUUAUUCUGGUCAACCUUUGCCUUAAGAGUAUCUUCUUUGCGGACUUGUUCCCUUCUGAAACUCGGAAACUUGUAGAACGUCUUGUAAACUAUGUUAUUUACAAGGGAACCUUUCUACCUCUAGUUAUUCCACCCACUGUAUUCCAAGUUGGGUUGUGGUUGAUCUGGCUGACCAUUAUGUGUUCUUUGAAGAUGUUUCAAGCUUUGGCUAGAGAUCGGCUCGAACGGUUGAAUGCCUCUCCUUCAGCUCAGCCGUGGACAUACUUUCGUGUGUAUUCAGCAUUGUUGUUUGUUCUUUCUAUUGACCUUUUCUGGAUAAGGAUAUGCUUGGACAUUUAUAAAACAUUGGGUUCGACCAUGCUUCUGUUGCUAUUUUUUGAACCCCUCAGCAUUGCUUUUGAGACAUUGCAAGCUAUGUUAGUCCACGGAUUUCAAUUGCUCGACAUUUAUCUCCACCAUUCUGCUGGUGACAGUGCUAACUGUCAAAGUUUCAAGUUCUUUGAUACCCUCAGAGCAGGUUCAUUGUGGGAGUGGAAAGGCACUCUUACGCGAAAUCUGGGUUUUACCCUAGAUAUGGCUACACUAUUGAUGGCACUUGGCCAUUAUGUGCACAUAUGGUGGCUCCAUGGGGUGGCAUUUCAUCUUGUUGAUGCAGUCUUGUUCCUAAAUAUAAGGGCCUUGUUAAGUGCUAUCAUAAAGCGUGUCAAAGGAUUCAUCAAACUUAGAAUGGCUCUAGGCGCUCUGCAUGCAGCACUUCCUGAUGCAACAUCAGAGGAGCUUCGAGCAUACGAGGAUGAAUGUGCUAUUUGUAGGGAACCCAUGGCAAAAGCAAAAAGGUUAAACUGCAGUCACCUUUUCCAUCUUCCAUGCUUGAGAUCUUGGUUGGAUCAAGGCUUAAAUGACAUGUACUCCUGCCCUACCUGUAGAAAACCGCUGUUUUUGGGUCGAACUGAAAAUGAACCAAGUCCAAGAAAUAGAGAAGUUUUAAGUGAUGAGCAGCUCGCACGCCAGCUAAGUGAGCGCCUUGAUCGACCAAACAAUGCAGGGAACAACUUUCCUGCUGGACCAUUCCCUAACCAAACUCAGAACCCUAUGGAGGGAAGCACUUGGAGAAGUGCAGGGCUUGAUUCAGGUUGGUUGCCUCAAUGGCCAAACCAGGGUUUAGAUGGAGGAGCUGGCCCCUCGAAUAAUGCCACGAGAUCAGUUGGAUUGGGGAGAGUUCAGAUGAUGAUGAGGCAUCUUGCAUCUGUGGGAGAGACCUAUGCCCAGACUGCCCUUGAAGAUGCUGCUUGGAGCCUGUGGCCAAUGAAUCAUCCUUCUCAGGGUAUGGCAUCUGGUUCAGCACUCAUCCCACCAGUUCCCACCGCCGCAGGAAGAUACCCCGGUGGCGUUGUGGGUGGAGGUUUACACAUUAGGACUCCCUCACGUCCUGUAAACGACAACAUGGCUAACGUGCUUGCUAUGGCCGAGACAGUACGUGAAGUUUUGCCUCACAUUCCAGAUGAGUUAAUACUCGAGGACUUACAGCAAACAAACUCGGUUGCUGUUACUGUGAAUAAUCUUCUUCAAAUGUGA